AUGUCGGCUCAGCAUCAAUAUGACCAAUACGGUCGCGGCUAUCGACAGACAUCUCAGGAAACCUACUCAUACGAUGUGGCGAGCACUCGAUCUGCCCAAGCUUCGGAUUCAUAUAACAAUGAUACACACACGCAAUACGGACCCUACGACCCUCGAUAUCCUUAUCGACCGCCCAGCGAUUCUCAGCACCAAAAGGGACAAGGUGCAGCUCAGCCGCAGACAGUUUAUUCGACUGCUCCCUCGUACUCUUCUGCACAGCAGCGCGGUGCCUCGACCACCUCCUACCAUUCAACAGCACAAACGACCACAGACCACUUGAGUCGAAUGCAAGUCCGAGACGACGCAUCAUACACAGCCUUUGCUCGACCUCAGCACUAUGCACAGACACAAUCGCAACAGUACUCACAGCAGGCGGCACAAGCGCUUCCUGAUCAAGAUUAUCGGCAAACGUCUUUCUUGCCUCUCUACGGCUCUACGUCCCGGCAACAGAGCAUCAGCCACAAUGCUUCGUCCUUGUCUCAUUUCGGCUCUGCGCAAAGGACAGACCAAGGAAAGACGAACGCUGCUCAGAUUCCGCCAUCUCUUGGCAUGACCGGCACCCAGCAAUACCAGACCACUGGUCGCGAGCAUUCGGAUCGUCCCGUCUCUUCCUCCGCAAGUGGCAUCAUCAGCCUGUACACUGACGACGGCAGCACUCCCAUCUUCGACCAGAACGCAAACUUUGCUAGUUUUCCACACGAUCCCGCAGCCUCGACGACCGCCCAUUCGGCCGGAGCAGCUCGUUCUGAUCUGACGGCUUCGGACCGGAAUCGACUGGCUUAUCAACCCUCUCAACGGUCCAGUCGACCUUUACCUCUCACGCCGACAGCUAAACAUCCGAAGCAGCUUCCGCCACUUAGUCCAGGGGGCUAUGGUGGCGUCGUCGUACGUGCAUCCGAUGCGACUUCAGCUGGUCCCGUGUCACCAGCAUCCCGUAUCGAGGACUCCGAUUCUUAUGCGCAACGAGGAUACUUCACUACCGCCUCUCCGCAACCGACGACCUGGUCACCGCCAGUGACACCUUCAGCUACUCAGCACCGUGCAGCCCCCUCCAGCUCCUCUGCAUCGUAUGGAGCGCCACGUUCGAGUCCGUCGCCCAGCAAUCAGGGCACACCCAGUAGCUCUUACGGUCAUCGUCCACUGCCAUCGACAGCUACAUCCGUCGAUCGCUCUUUCUCGCCGCCACCCAGAGAGGGUGCUAGCGUCUCUCCGCUCUCCGCCUUCCGCUCGCCUUCUUACACUCAACCCAGCAAACGACCCACCUGGUCGCCAGCACAGAGUCGUGAGCCAAAUCAACGUUCAGAUGCGAGCCUCGGUCCAGUGUACCGUGCAGCUUCGGCAAGUCAAUCGCAUACGGCCGACUCCUCCUACGAUCCCGAUUCGUACGAAAGCGCCAACAUUGACCGUCAGCGAACACGGAGCGAGGCGUCGGAUCUGUCUCUCGGGCUAAGCAGAUCCGCUCGACAGCCUCUGCCUCCAAUUCCUGGCGUGAUCACCUCUAUGCAGCAGAGCGACUCCCCAGGCCAUGGCUAUCCGACCAGGUCCUCUGCCUCUGGGCAGUACGCAUCAGACGAUGCAAAUCGCGAACGCAUGGCCUCCACAGGUUCCAUCCAACGCCAAACAAGCUGCUCGCAAGUUUCACCAGCAAACGUUCAGGCCUUUGAAACUCAGAGAGGCGUCACCGUUUUGGGUGACGAGAAGCGCGACCUUGCCCAGAAGUACGGCCACGAACGAUUUGAUUCGCUUGCAUGGGAGCCGGUCAACACUCCGAGACCCAAUGCGGCUCAAAGUCUAGCGCAGGGAGCACGCAGCAGUCGCGUCGAAGCGCCAGAAUGGUCGCUCCUUUCUACUGUUGCCCUUCUUCUGCGCGCCAACGUCCCACGAGGCGUGCAAAUCAAAGGCAGCAUCGACUAUCCGAACAGCUUUACUGGCAAAGACGUGGUCUCGACCUUGCAGGAACUGCUCGUUACUGAAACGGUGGGUUCUCAACAUACCCUUGUCAAGUCGGGCGAUCCGAACAGCAUUCGACAGGUGGCGCUUUCUCUGGCCAAAUCACUCAAGAGUCAACUCUUCUUCCACGAGGUUGACUGGGGUGAAAAGGAGCUUACCGAUGACGUGGACGAAGUUUACACUUUCCUUGAAGACAGCCUUGCAGACAUCAGCUCCACUCCGGAGGACCCUGAUGAUUGGGCAGCCGCUCUCAAUCACAACGCGGCCUUUGACUCGAAUCUUCAGCUAUCUGUCGGCGGUGCAGGUAAUGUGAACGGCAACGGCUCCGGUCAACGUCACAAACCGGCCCAAGUGACCGACCUUGAUGAUCUACCCAACGGUGUCUUUACUCCGCUGACCCGAUGCUACAGCCCACUCUGCAGUCCAGGCCGGCCUUCCGCUUGCUACAGUCCUUCAUGUCCCAACUCGGCGUACAGCCCGCUGCCUCUCACCGUCUGUGAUAACGAGAACAGCGCUGGUAGAGUUGGUGGCAUGCUCGACAAAAGCCUGACAGCUGACACCUCACAGAAAAAAGCAUGGGCCGAGAUCGUUCCACCUGAGCUGCUCAAGAAUAUCCCACAUGACGAGAUCGCGCGUCAGAAUGCCAUUCUCGAGACGAUUCAGAAAGAGGAAGAGUUUCUGGCAGACCUCGAGCUGCUCGACACGCUCUUCGUGCAGGGCUUGCAGAGACCAAGUGAUGCAGGUGAUCCUCCGCCGUUGCCUAUCGGACCGGAGCGCGAUGACUUCAUCCGUGAGGUCUUUGGCAACCAUCUUGAGCUGACCGCGCAUAUUCGAGCCCUUGUCGAGCGUUUACACAUCCGGCAAAGGGAGGAGAAUCCGAUUGUACAAACCAUCGGCGAUAUCUUCCUGAGUGCUGCCCUCGACUGGGGCGACGCCUACACGACGUAUGUUGUCAAUUAUCCACUAGCCAUAAGUCGUGUCAAACGCGAGAUGACAAUCAAUCCACGAUUCAAAGCCUUUGUAGAAGCAUGUCGACGCCAUCCAGCCGCCCACAAGCAUCCCUUGGAGAACUUCCUCUUCCGACCUCCAGCUCGUCUGCAGAGGUAUCAUCUCCAUCUCGAGUCGAUCCUGAAGAAGACGGAAAAGGACAACCACGACCGGGACAGCUUGCAGAACGCCAUCGACAUCAUCAACGACCAGUGCAAGACCGCCCAGGCGGGUGUAGAGUCAGCCGAGCUCAAGGUCAAGAUUCGCGAGUAUGCCUACAACCUCUUGGCCAAACGCAACAAGCAUGCCAUUGACAUGGACCUGCUAAAUCCCGAGCGUCAACUCAUCCAUCAAGGUAAGGUGCUACGCAAGCCGGAUGCAUUCGAUUUUGAUUGGACUGAGCUGCAGGCCAUCCUCUUUGACAACUACUUCAUUGUCACCAAGCCCAAGAGGAUCGAAGGUGCCGAAGAUGACGGCGCAAAUGUCGCAACAUCUUCCUCAUCUUUGGGUGCUCGCUUUGUGCUCGCAAAGCGACCGAUUCCUGUGGAAAUGCUUGAAGUCACGGGUCUUACCGAGUCCUCUAUUUCACGCUCGAUUGGCCUCAGCAACUUCCACAUCAGCAGAGAACGAGAAGCUCGUGACUUUUGGCCCUUCACCAUCUCGCACUUGGGAGGCAAGGUCGAGCCCAUCGCCCUCUAUGCACCCUCCAAGGCCGCAAGGGACCAGUGGAAGGUUAAGCUGGAUGAGGCCAUCGGCCUCCGCAUGGCUGUUCAGGACAACAACAAGGUGUUUGAACAACACAUUCUCAGCGACGACAUCUUUGCCAUUCCUCCCACGCUCAGCUUGGAGCCCGACAAGCCUGUACCUGGUGUCGAUCCGAGCGCAUUCCAUGGACGCGUCACCUGCGCAGUACCCUUUGUGACUGCCGAUGGCAGGCGACUGGUCGCUGUCGGAUGCGCUGACGGCGUGUGGAUCGGACUGCGAAACGAUCCCAAGUCACUUCGCAAGGUAUUGCAUCUGAAGUAUGUCACUCAGUGUGCCGUGCUCGAGUCGUUCGGCAUCUUUGUCGUGCUUGCGGACAAAGUGCUCAUCUCUUACAGUCUAGAAGCGUUAGUGCCGACUACAUCCAGCAGUGCUUUGGCGCUCCGCCCGCCGCAGAAGCUCAGUGGCAACCGCGACGUUCUCUUCUUCAACGUAGGCGUGCUCAAGGAUCGCACGCUGCUCAUAUACAUGAAGAAGAAAGCCAACGAAAGUGUUUUCCGCGCUCUCGAGCCGGUCCUUAACGCACCUCGCGGCACAGAAGGAAAAUCCGGCUCGGGCUUCUUUGGCAAGUUUGGCAAGGACUCGAAGAACUCAGACUGGUUCCGUAUCUACAAGACCUUCUUCAUCCCGUCCGAGGCGUAUUCGAUCCAGUUCCUCAAGUCUAAGCUCUGCAUCAUCUGCGCCAAGGGAUUCGAGAUCAUGAACCUGGAUAGCCUGCUUCCGGGCACCAUCCCAGACUUUGUUCACGCCAACCGCGAAGACAUCCGUGUGCAACAGCUGCAAAAGCGCGUGGAAACGGAUAAGCCCUUGGGCAUGUACAAGACGAGCGACGGCGACUUCCUCCUUUGCUACGAUGCCUUUGCAUGCUAUGUCGACCGACUCGGUGAGCCGACGAGGCUGGAGCAAAUUAUCGAGUGGGAAGGAUUCCCCAAGCAGGUGGCUUUCUCCGGCAACUACGUGCUCGCGUUUGACUCGCGAUUCGUCGAAGUGCGAGAUGCUCUUACAGGACGACUGGUGCAGAUCAUGCGUGGCUCUGACUUGACCUAUGUAUCUGGCAACAGCACUGUCACCUCGUCGUCGUCGGAGAGCGCGCAACUGGCAGCGCUCGACGCAGAAGCCAACCCGGUCAUCUUGACGAAGCGCGAGCGCGUGGUCGGGCGUAUCCCCUUCGACUUCCAGAAGGUCGUGGAGUUGACCCCGACAGCACCACUGAACGCAUAUGCGCCGCCUUUUCAACGGAGCGCAACCAUCUUAUCAACUGGCAGCAGCUUAAGCGGUCGUCCAUUGGGCCGGCCAUCUGUUGCCAGCUCUGGCAAUUGGAUCUGA